GAAACUCAACUCAAACAUCUCUUACCUCAUCCAUAGCUCCCAACAACACAACCAUCAAAAACCAUCUUCACAUUCCAUCAAUCAAUCAUCUUAAUUAAAUUCCCAGCCAGCACCCAUGGUGGUCUUGUCCAAGUUCUCCUCCGUCGUCAAGACCUGCAAACCGCCGGCACUUUUCCCUGCCGGCGCCGUGCCGUUGAUAGACCUCUCCAAGCCCGACUCCAAACACCUCCUCGUCAAGGCCUGCGAGGAGUUCGGGUUCUUUAAGGUUGUCAACCACGGCGUCCCUUCUGACUUCAUAUCCACACUCGAAUCAGAGGCCCUCAGAUUCUUCUCCUCUCCCCUGUCGGAGAAGCUCAAAGCAGGCCCCCCUGACCCCUUCGGCUACGGCAAUAAGAACGUCGGCGCCUGCGGCGAUAUCGGCUGGGUCGAAUACAUUCUCCUCUCUACCCGUCACCCACAACUCAAUUUCCAAAAGUUCUCUUCCAUCAUGGGCUUAUCGCCGGAAAAUCUCCGCACUGCUGUGAAUGAAUAUGUGACGGCAGUGAAGAGAAUGGCCUGCGAGAUUCUUGAAUUAUUAGCGGAUGGUUUAAAGAUUCAUCCUCGGAAUGUGUUUAGUAAACUGCUAAUGGAUGAACAGAGCGACUCUGUUUUCCGGCUGAAUCACUACCCGCCCUGCCCGGAGCUCGGGAAAAACCCGAUUGGCUUCGGAGAGCACACCGACCCUCAGAUCAUCUCCGUUCUCAGAUCCAACAACACCUCCGGCCUUCAAAUCGCGUUGAACGACGGCAGCUGGAUGUCUGUCCCCCCCGACCAACACUCCUUCUUCAUCAACGUCGGAGAUUCUCUCCAGGUUAUGACGAAUGGGAGGUUUAAGAGCGUUAGGCACAGGGUUUUGUCGAACAGCGCAAAAUCGAGGCUGUCAAUGAUUUACUUCGGAGGGCCGCCAUUGACGGAGAAGAUAGCUCCCCUGCCUUCAUUAAUGGAAGCUGAACAAGAUAGCUUGUACAGAGAGUUUACAUGGUUCGAGUUCAAAAAAUCUGCUUUUAGUUCUAGGUUGGCUGUAAACAGGCUGGUUCCCUUCGAGAAGAUUGCAGCUUCAUGAUGUUUUGUACUUUUCUUUCCUUGCUUUAUCAUCUAGUGUACUAUGUUAUUAGGAAACGUGGUUGUCAACUUAGAUUCUUCAUUAGGUUUUGAAUGAUAAUAUUUUGAUUCAA